GGGCGGAGCGCCGCAGGUGCCGCGCCGGAGGUCCUGAGCGAGAGGUGUCCCGCGGGGGCCGGCGCUGUGCGGGAAGAUGCGGUUGCGCUCGGGUGUGUUUGCCUCCGCCUGCCUCCUGGUGGAGGCCCUGGGCGUCGCGCUGUUCCUUCGCGGCUUCUUCCCGGUGCCCGUCAGAUCCCUGCCUCGCAGAGAGGCCCGCGGGGAUCCUCCCGCCGAACCGGCCCCGCCCGGCCCAGGAAUGGUUUCUAACUGGACUAAAAUUCCGCCACCACUUUUCAAAAAAGUUGUCAUUGUGCUGAUAGAUGCUUUGAGAGAUGACUUUGUCUUUGGAUCCAAAGGUAAACAGUUCAUGCCAUAUACUACACAGCUUGUUGAAAAAGGGACAUCCUAUAGUUUCAUUGCUGAAGCAAAGCCACCCACUGUGACUAUGCCUCGAAUUAAGGCUUUGAUGACGGGUAGCAUACCUGGUUUCAUUGAUGUUAUUGUGAACCUCAAUUCUCCAGCUCUGUUGGAUGACAAUCUGAUAUGGCAGGCAAAAACAGCGGGGAAAAGAAUAAUCUUUUACGGUGAUGAUACUUGGGUUAAAUUGUUUCCACAACAUUUCAUGGAAUAUGAUGGAACAACAUCCUUUUUUGUGUCAGACUUUACAGAGGUUGAUGAUAAUGUUACCAGGCAUUUGGAUAGAGUGUUAAAGAGAAAAGACUGGGAUCUCCUAAUACUGCAUUACCUGGGGUUGGACCACAUUGGACAUAUGGCAGGGCCAAACAGCCCAUUAGUGGGACCAAAACUUCAUGAAAUGGAUAACAUCCUGAAGAAGAUUCAUAUUUCUCUUCUUUCAAAGGAAGAAGCUUCUCUGCCCAAUUUGCUAGUUGUUUGUGGGGAUCAUGGGAUGUCUGAAACAGGUAGUCAUGGUGGUUCUUCAGAAGGAGAAGUGUACACACCACUGCUGUUUGUCAGCUCUGCUUUUGAAAAGAGAAGUGGUCCUCUAACGCAACCUGAACUUGUGCAACAAACUGAUAUAGCUAGCACACUGGCAGUAGGUCUUGGUCUACCAAUUUCAAGAAACAGUGUUGGGAACCUUAUAUUGCCAGUUCUGGGAGGCACGACAAUGAGAGAACAACUACGUUUUGUGCACUUGAAUGGGUUCCAGCUUAGCAGACUGCUGCAAGAGAAUACAGAUGCGUAUGAAAAAGAUCCUGGAUAUGAACAUUUUAAGAUAGCAGAAAAGUCCCAUGGCAAUUGGAUCAGACUGUAUUUAGAGGGAAAUAAUUCAGAAAUACUCUUAAAUCUUGGCAAAAAGGUCCUGAAGCAAUAUUUGGAGGCCCUGAAGACUCUGAGUUCUUCACUAAGCAAACAAGUGGCACAAUAUGAUAUGUAUUCGAUGAUGGUGGGGACUGUGAUCAUUAUAGAGGUUCUGCUGCUCCUUUUGAUCAGUGUUCCAAAAGCCCUGAGCAGCCAGGCAGAAUUUGAAGUGCCCCUCUCCCCUCCACUGUUCUCUCUGCUGUUUUACUUGAUGUGUCUAAUGCUAUGUGCAGUCCACGUCAUUGUAUGCACAUCAGCAGAAAGUUUAUGCUAUUUCUGCAGUAUGUCCUGGUUAACAGCAGUUGGAGUGAUGAUGCUGAUUUCUGCACUCAUGUGCGGUAUUUUAUCUGCCAUUGCAAAGGUCUCAGAGAAUUCCACACUUCCACUGAAGAAUCCAGUUGUGUUCAGUUCCAGCUGGUCAGAAAUAGAUGUGGUGAUUCUGGCUGGAACAAUUGGCCAUGUUUUGAGUUUGGGGGCAAGCAGUUUUAUAGAAGAGGAACAUCAAACCUGGUAUUUUCUUAUCAAUACUCUUUGUUUGAUGCUGUGUCAGGAACUUUGUAGAAAUAAUUUUCUUCUGAAACAGUGUGACCCUCAACAUAGCACCACUGUGAAACACACUUUUGAUAGUAUCGGGGAAGCCUCCGAGUACAAGAAUAUAGACAUUCCAGCAGCAGGAAUUGGGCAUUCAGAAUUGGGCAAGACUACCUCUUCAGCUGAAUACCUAAGAGGGUCUGAUAAGUGGAUAAGCUUAGCAAGUCCAUGGAUCAUCCUUAUUUGCUGUCGGCUACUUCGAUCCUUGAAUCAGACGGGCAUCCAGUGGGCUCAUCGACCAGACUUUGGACAUUGGCUGACAAGCUCUGAACAUAAAGCUGAACUCUCCUUCCUGGCUGCAGUCUCCCUAUUUAUGAUCUUCUUUCUGGUUCAAAGAAGAUGUUCCCUGGUUUCAAAAAUUGCUAUGGCACUUGGGCUUCUGGGAGUCUACAGUUACCGGGCAGCUAUUGGGAAUGUUGUGUUUCCAUGGCAACAUGACAGCAAAGAUAUUUCAAAGGGGAUUACUGAAGCUCGUUUUGUUUAUGUCUUUGUUCUUGGCAUAGUCUUCACUGGCACUAAAGAUUUACUAAAGUCACAGGUUGUUUCUGCAGACUCCAGCCUGAAGACUACAGGAUUAUGUGAAGUGUAUAGUGGAUUGGUUCUAUUAGCAGCACUUCUAUUUAGACCUCACAAUUUACCAGUCUUGGUGUUUUGUCUGCUGAUUCAGACAAUGAUGACGAAAUAUAUCUGGAGACCUUUGAAAUUUGAUGCAGCACAGAUUACUAUCAUGCACUACUGGUUUGGCCAAGCUUUCUUCUAUUUUCAGGGCCCUUUAAAAAAAUAUAUAUCCAUUUCUGAAGAACUUGCUAACAGUCUUUUGCAGAUUUGUUUGACUGUCUGCUUGAAAAAACAAGGGAAAUUCAAAUGGCAUUGCUACUGUGGAUGUUUCAGCCGGUUUUGUGGGACUAGAAAGCUAUGUGGAGAUACCAGCUAUUUUCCUUACAGCAUUUGCAACAUAUGCAGGACCUUUGCUUUGGGCCAUUCAUCUGCUGUGCUACUUGAGUUCUGAAGUUAGAAGGGAAUGUGAGGACUGAUCAGGUGAAGCUGAAAAGCAGAGAGUUUCCAGUCUUUUCUAAGUUGAUUGCCACAGGAUUAGUAUUUGGGGAAAUGAGCACAUGCAGAGGACAAAUUGGAUCUAGCGGACAUCUUUCCAGGUAGGUUGCCAAGAUUUGUAAAAGCCUUUAUUAAAGGUACAGCUGAUUUCUUGCCCUAACAGUUACAUGAUGGUAGUAGCCAUUCAAAGUGGCUGUUGAGACCUUCUGGCCUACUGCCAGCAUGACUGGAUUCCUACUUGCAAUCCAAUAUAAAUCUUAUUUAGAUUUCCAGUUUAAGGAGUUCCUCUGGAACUAUUUUCAGAGCCCAAGCCUGACUGAAGAAGAGAAGAAGGAAUCUGAAACUUAAUCAAUAUAGUAUGCCCUGUGUUUUAUAUAAAGCUCUGUUCUAAGCAGGUUAGCUAGCAGUGGAUGCCAGUGAGAAGAGUUACCUCUGCUAGAUGACUGAGACUACUUCUCUUUCUGACAGGAAGCUCCCAGCACAACUGUUUAUGCCAACAGGCAAAACCAUUGAUAUGAUCCUGUUUUCCUGCUCUUGAUGCUGAAAUGCAGAGAAUUGAAGUUUCAGAUCUUAAUAGCUUUUUUACAGCUAAGUCUGCAUGAGAACCUGCUGAACCCUAUACUACAGUCCACACAUACUACAGUCCACUGUAACUUAACUACCACAGACACUUGCCUUGCUCAGAUAGUUGAGCUUCUCUGCCUUUCUUACUGGGUAGGAGAAUGCACAGGAAUAUCAAUGGUUAUCUCCAAGUUUCUUCACUUCCAUGGCUGUAGAAUAUACUUGACAACCCUUUUAGCUUGCUGGCAACUGCCCUUUUUGACAUCUGUCCAUUUGAUGGCAUUUGGUGUAAAAAACCAUGACUCUAUAGAAUUAAUAUUGUUCUGAUUGAUAGUCUAUACCAGAGCUGAUCGUAUAAAUUUCCAAAGAACUCUUGGUUCCCUUGGAUCUGCUAAAAAUAUAACAUGUUCUUCCAUGGCAAUGCAGAAUUGUGUGCUAUGUAAGAGUAAGACAUGUGAAAGAGACAGAAGACAUUUGUUCUUGCUGCUAAACUAAUUGAUUUACUUAGGUCAGAGGAAUUUCUUAUAGAUUGCAGAUACUCUAUCGCAGGUUUGUUUCUGACUUCGACCCUUUAUUAAUAUAUACAGGGCAGAUUAACAAAGUGACAAUUAUUUUCAGAGAGCAAUAAACAGGGAGAUCUUGCAAACUUGAAACUGCAGAAAGCCUGGAAAGAAAAGUGGCACUAAUACAGUAAAAAAUACUAAUACAGUAAAAAAAUGUUAAUAUCAUAAAAAUUGCCUUUGGAUAUGCAAAUUCAGUAUCCCAAAUAAGAGGUAAUCUAGGCAGUGAUAUUCAGCUGGAGAAGAGGAGCUGGAAGGGCAGAAAUGCUUGAGGAUAACUGUCAUGGAGAGGAUUCAACACAUUUCAUACUGAAACCCUCAGACAUGACUCCCUUCCCCCAAUCCCAGAAAAUGACAAUCCUGGGGUAUUCCUCACUCAUAUGCUUGCAUAUUUCUAAACCGUCCAUUUAGUUUGGUGGCUUAGAACAAAGGUUGAAGCAAUGUAAGACAGUAUUUUAAAAUUCCCUGUGGAGGUAUUUGUAGGGCUGUCUGUGGAGGGUUUUUUUACUUGAUUUUUAAACUACAAAAUUUGUGCCACAUCUGCCAGAUAUUCUAUAUAAAUGGGAGACAUGCUGUCACAAGAAAAGAGUUGUUUUUCUUUCAUGGUUUUGGCAUCAUAUUUUUUUUCAUUUUAUAAACCUUGUAUUAUGCAUUUUAAUAGCCCCUUAGUGACAGAUUGAAAGGUAAAAGAUUUGUUGACAAAACAUUGGCAGUAAGGAUUUAGGAGAGCCAAAGAAGCAGAAAAUCUAUCAAUAGCACAAUUUCUUGGCCAUAUUUUUCUGCAUAUUAAAUAUUCAGUUAAAAGGGAUUAUUUUUGUUGAAAGCCAGUAUGUGCUUUAGACUAUACUUAGUGUUUUCAGUCUAAAUAUGGUGUGUUCAGUGCUGUGAAUCUUUAGUUUUCAUUGCUUCGUAAGUGGCCGAAGGCAUUGUUUCUUCUGGAUCUGGCAACCUUCAGCACCAAUCUUGCAUGAAGUUUGGAUAUGCUUUGUCUCUUUAACACAUUUGGAUUUCUCAUUCACAUUUGGAUUUCUUCUCCCCAGAAGCUAACUUGCUAAAUGACCUCAGUGUUAGAGGCUGGCUACUAAUUUUUUUACUCCUGCAUUAUGCAGAGGCCUUAAUAUUGUGCCGAUUCUGUUAGAACAGGGAGGUAAUGUAUACAGUUUACAUCCCUCUAUGCUGUUCUCCUUUAAAUAAGAAAAGGCAUUAACUACUGCCAAGACAGUUCAGUGUGGAGUAGUUACAGGUUGAUGUUUAGACGUGUCCUGUAAUCUUCUGUUGUUUCCACUGAAACAGCACUGAGAGGUUGCAAGGUUAUUCAUUACUGACUCAUCCAGCUCAUAAACGGUAGAAUACAAGUGGCAUGCCAGCUUUCUGUGCUCUCAUUGUGACUUCUUUUGCAAUAACUCAAGCACUAGCUGAACUACCUGGAUUGUGUUGGUCAUGUUAGCAGCAGCAGCCUGAUCCCUGGUGUUCCUUGUGGCCUGGCAAAGUCCUGUACCCUGAGGUCACUCUGUGUGUGUAAAAUGAGCAGAAGGAUAACACAAAGUCAUUAUUCUUAGCUAUUCAGCAAAUUAGUUGCCUGACAGAGGCAAGAAGAAAAAAUGGUGCUGUGCUCAGAGAACUAAGUUGCUGCCUUAGUGUCAGAAUAACUGACUAGGUCUAACUGCUUGUGCUCAGUCAUUCCAGUACUGUUUUCUGCAACAACAGAGAUGUGAACUCUGAUAUCAGCUCCAAAAUAAACUGAAUUAUCCUGUUAUUGAACCCCACCAACAGUUUAACUUUGAGGCUACAGGGUGCUUCUGUUGCCUUCUGUAAAUUGUGCCACUGCGUUAUACUGUGAAACUGUCCAAGAUUUCCCUCUGCAGCUAGGUGUCUAUGUUUUGUUGAGAGAUGAAGCGAGUGCUGAGACCUUUGGAAGUAAAGGUAUUAUGUAAGCAGAAAACAGUUCAUUAUUUUUUACUAUAUUCGAAUCCAGAAAGAAUUGUACCAUUUAAUUGUUGACUUGGUGAUUCCUUGCUAGUAAUCAUAAUGUGAAACUGAAGAAUUUAAAUGUUACUAGUAAAGAUUACUGUGUGCUCUCAUUCCAGUAUAAAAUAUAUCUAAAAUACUACGUCUACCUAUUUUUGAACAAAGAAGUGAACACACAGAGAUUCAAAAUAAUCUUCCAACCAGUUUCUUCAUAAUUAAAAUGUAGACAUUUUUAAAAAAUUAACACCAUUGAUUUACAGUUAGAAGAUUUUUCACAAGAGGGUACUAAAUGUGUUGUUAAGUGAGCACAAACUAGGGAAAAAAGAUAUGGACUGAAAUUUAAAUUUUAAUUUAAAAUGUGGGGCUCUUGAAAGACCUGGAUGUGUUAGUUUAUGGACAAUUUCAGGAUUCCUUUGAAAAUCCCAUCACUGAGCUUAAUAAAUGUGAUAGCCACAACCACUGAUAGCCUUCAUCUAGCUAGUCUAUCAAGUGCAUUUUUUGCUCUAGAAAAUGGUUUAGAAAUUGCCUGUUUGCCUGUCUGACUCAAAAAAACCAUAUCCUCUGUUUAUUCAGUUCUAUCAUCUACUACAAAUACUGGUUUUAGUCAUAGCAGCAUGAAAAUAGCCAAGACUGAGUGAACUGCAGUUUGUUUAAUCCUUGUCAACAAAAUCAGUUAUUAAACAUAAAGCUGGUUAUUUACACAAGCUCACUGAAGACGAAGAUAGUUAUGCAGAAGCAGGGAGCUGCCUAUUUCACUCCCAGGUCACAGUUUCCUUGGCUAAGCAGCAAGGGAAAUAGUUUCCUGUGAACUGAAUGUUUUGCAAUCAUUCACACCUGCUGUUCUUAGCUGAUUUUUCAACGCUAUUUUGAUGCCUAUUCUUCCUUCCACUGAAAGCCUUGGGAAUUUUGCUCCCAACUUUGCUGGAAAACAAGACUGUAUCCUAAUUAUUUUGAUUUAAGGAAUAAUAGUGGUUUAAGGAAUAGUGGUUUAUGUAAAAUACUGCAUUCUGCAGCUUAUUUAGUCAGAAGUGAGUAAUUUACAUCUCACAGAAGCACUAGUCAUCUUAAAUUUUUAUUAGUUGGAACAAGAUCAGAAUUAAAAACUGGAGGAGCAGAACAGAUUAUCAUAUCAGGAUUUCAGUGUAAAUUAUUUCCACUUUUUGCCUAUGUGUUCUUUUGGGAACUGAUGAUGUAAAAUAUUUUCAUAGGGAGAGCGAAAUGUUCUGCUUAUUAUUCCAGUGAAAUAGGUUUAUUCCUUCCUUUUGUCUGAACAGGUAAGCAUCUGAAUUUGGUGUGAAUUAGUCUCUGCACAUGAGGUUUGGGGAUAAUGGACACAUGCCAGCCCAGCAUCAGUGCUGCAAGUUGGCACCUCAGAGGAGGGAGAACAAUCAAACUGCAGAAAACCCUUUCACUUCCAUUUUCAUCUGACUCCUGUCACCUACCAGAAUACCUCAGUGUGGCAGAUUUGGACCACAUAGGGACCACAUGGAGCAGACAUUUAUUGCAAUCCAGUGGUCCAAGCUGAGCUUAGCUGCUGUGACAGGAAUGCAAUGUAUUGCUCCUGUAAGCCUGAGAACAUGUUAUUCUCUGGAGAAUGUUAUAUUAGCUAGCUUUGCAAAGUUUUCUAAUAGCCCAAUUUUCAUUUUGCUUUGCACAGUGUUACUGGCUAUGGGCAGCAGUAUACCCUGACAAGUUUUAUGCAAUUCACAAGGGGAGCAGACUCCACCUGAUUAUCUGUUGUACAGAUUAGGCAGCUUUGUGAAGCGUAUUGAAGUAAUUCUUACCAUCCAGAUUCUGUGGAAAGGCACUGGAAGGCCAACAAGAGAUGAAGUUAUCUUGAAACUGCUUAGUGGAGAAUUUAACAAUUAGAACAAAGUACAUUAAAGCAUAGAACCUUCUAAGGAUGAGGUGAACCACUGGUUGCCUUUAUUGCAGUGACAGUUGCUAUGCUUACACUUAACAUGCUUACACAUUACAGGAUAUAUAGUGGUGAUAAGGACAAGCUUUAUUAGCUACAUUGUUGUAUCAAUAAUCAAUUUUCUAACACAAACUGGAGAUCUGUGAAUAUUCUUUGUGUUGUGAAAUAAUGCUAAAAUGGAGGAACUUGGAUGUAUUUACUAAGUUUGCCUGAGAAUUAACUCCUCUUGUUUUUGU